AUGCCAGAGCAGAAUCGCGAGUUCCAAUGGCACAAUUCCACCAUUGCUGGGGUAGAGCCUCCGGUCUCUGCAGACCAACCAUCCCAAGCCACUUCAGCUGGAGAGGGCGCUCACAGCCAUGCCAUCGUUCCUAUUAUGGAUACGCCACCACCAGUCUUUUAUCCCAGAGAAGCGUAUUCCCAGCACCUGAUUCACUCCCUAAAGGCAAAAAUCGCCGACGGGAAGAGACUUUUCGACAGCCUCGAAGAGGAAAUGCAGAUUCUAGACCAUAACGUCCCAAUACCAGCGCAAUUGGAGUUGGGCAUGGAAACUCCCACCUCAGAUCUUGUCCAAACUGGGCCAAGUGACUGGCUUAAGGAUUUGCAGCUACUGAAACACUACCUCACCACCGCGUAUCUGUCUUUCUGCCAGGAUGAGCGCCUGGCCCCUCUCUGGCAGCACGUCAUUCCAGAAUGCGCCUUCUCCCACGAGUACCUGAUGCACGGCCUUCUUGCUGUCUCCGCGCUGCAUUACGGCCAUGCAAAUCCCUCGCACAAAGAGACCUACAGCCUUCUGUCCGCGCGGCACCAGGCGCUCGCGCUGAAUUGGUUCUCAUCUCAGCUGCACAACAUAAACUCAGAGAACUACAAAGCACAUGUCUUUCUCGGCUCAAUCGUCUUCAUGUUCCCCAUAUUUGCCGUCGCGGAGGCCGGCCGUGAGCGUCAGAUUGUAGACACACAUGACAUUGUCCAGUCGUUCGUUCUACUGAAAGGCAAGUCUUACCGCACCUCUCCUCUACCUCGUAUAUAA